AGCCCUCUGCUCUGUUCUCCCUCCCCGCUCCACUGACAUCUCUGUCUCUUUGUGUAUCUCUGACCGUCUCUGUGGACAUUGCUGUCUUUCUCCAUGCUCUUGGUGUCCACCUUCUCAACCUGAGAGGCGCCAGAGUGAAUUUGGAAGCCCUGGAGACCAGCACCCUUUCUACUAACCCCUUGGACUGGGCCAUCAGAUGUGGGGUUUUUCUCUUCACCUCUCUGAGCCUCAGCGUUCGUCUGUGAAAUGGGCUUGCAGAGAAGUCAAAGCCUUGGGCAGCCAUGUCCUACCCCGUGACCAGUCAGCCCCAGUGUGCCAGCAGCUGCUACCAGACCCAGCUCAGUGACUGGCACACCGGACUCACGGACUGCUGCAACGACAUGCCCGUCUGUCUGUGCGGCACUUUCGCCCCUCUGUGCCUCGCCUGCCGCAUCUCCGACGACUUCGGGGAGUGCUGCUGCGCGCCCUACCUGCCCGGAGGCCUGCACUCCCUGCGCACCGGCAUGCGCGAGCGCUACCGCAUCCAGGGUUCUGUCGGGCACGACUGGGCGGCCCUCACCUUUUGCUUGCCCUGCGCCCUCUGUCAGAUGGCGCGGGAAUUGAAGAUCCGGGAGUAAGGAAGCCCCCGCCCCAUCCCUCCUCCUAGUCCACCUGUCACGCUCGGCCGCCUCUGCCCCUUCCUGGGAGGGCGCGCCCCUCCGCCCCAGCCCGCUACCAGAAACACACCCACAAUAAAACCCUGAAAACCAA